AUGGGUAAAUACAGGAAAAGAUUCAAUGAGAAAGCAAGAUCAGGAAUGCUUGCAAAACAAGCAGCUCUAAAAAAAGCAAGAAAUAAACAAUUCUACAGAGAAACAGAACAAGAACAACAAGAAGAACCAAAUUUGCAGCCUAUCCAAGAUUCAAAUUCUGAAAUUUUGGCACCUGUGUCAACUGAAGAAAGAUUAGCUCGUAAAAGAGCUCUCGAGGAAAGCUUAUACUCGCAAAAUGCAAAAGAAGAGAAAUUAUCAAAAUCGAAAAAAAAGAGACUUGAUAAAUAUAUUGAACAUCAAUUAAAAAGAGAAGAAAAGAAGAUUUUGCUUGAGAAACUUAGCCAUACGAAAAUGGAUACUUCUCAAUUGGCAAAUUUGAAAGAACUUGGUAAAGGGAAACUAACUCGUCGUGAAGAAAUGAUCGAAGCUUUAAAGUUAGAAAAACAGGGUAGGGCAAAUGAGAAGACUAAAGAGAUAUUAUAUGAAGCGAGAGAUAUAAUAGAUGAUGAACCUGAAUUGGCUAAUUAUGAUGAUGAAAGUGAAAGUGAGAGUGAGAGUGAGAAUGAGAAUGGAGAAGAGGAGGUAGUUAAAUCUACGUUUAUUGAUAAUCGACCUGCUAAAUUUGGUGGAACUGGUUCGGGAUUUGGGUUUUCUAAUAUACCAACCAUUAAAAAAGAUUCUACUGAUCAAUUGAAGAAGAAGAAAUAUAGUUGGAGACAAAGAGUACAAGAUGAAGAAAAGAAAAAGUUGAAAAUUGAUGAUGAAAAUGAUUUUUUAUCCAGUUCAGAAGAAGAAGAGGAGGAGGACGGAGAAGAAGAUUCAAAUAGUGAAGAAAGUGUAGAUGAUAAUGACAAUGAUGGUGAAGAUAUAGAAGCUGAAGAAGAUGAUAAUGAGGAGCAAGAUGAAAAUGGAGUUUCAAAUGAGGAUGAACAUGAAGAUGAGGAGGAAGAUGAGGAGGAAGAUGAGUCAUCAGAAGAGGAAGACGAGUCAGAAUCAGAAUCAGAACCAGAGCAAGAAGAAGAACAAUCAAAAUUAAUGGCUUCCAAAUCUAAACACUCAAAAACUGCAGAAUCCUUUAAAAAUUGGGCAGAACAACAAGUUCGAAAAUUAGAAAAUAGACAAGAAAUGAUAAUGCCUGAAUUGUCACCCUCCUUAAAAUCAAAAUAUUCAAAACCAACAAUUCACGAAGAAGAUAUUGAUCAUUCAUCAGAUGAAGAAGGAUACAUACCCAUAAACAAACAAUUAAAAAGAGAAGCAUUUGUAGUUGAUGUAAUCAGAGAUGAAACAGUACAACAACAACGUAUCCAAUUGCCUGUAUUUCAAGAAGAACACAGAAUUAUGGAAGCAAUAUAUCAUCAUGAUUGUAUUAUAUUAUGUGGUGAAACAGGAUCAGGUAAAACUACUCAAGUUCCACAAUUUUUACUCGAAGCUGGAUUUGGUAACCUCAAAAACAAUUUAUAUCCUGGAAUGAUUGGAAUAACUCAACCCAGAAGAGUUGCAGCUGUUUCAAUGGCUGAAAGAGUAGGUAACGAAUUAGGAAAUUUCAAAAAUAGAGUAGGGUAUCAGAUUCGAUUCGAUACUACAAUUAAAAAUGAAGGAAAAGAAGAUGGAACAGUGAUUAAAUUCAUGACUGAUGGGGUUCUAUUAAGAGAAAUGAUGAGUGAUUUUUUAUUAUCUAAAUAUUCAUCAAUUAUAAUUGAUGAAGCACAUGAAAGAAACAUAAAUACGGAUAUUUUGAUUGGAAUGUUGACUAGGAUAAUGAAAUUGAGAAGGAAGUAUCAUGAAAAUGAUUCUGAAAAGUACAAACCAUUGAAAUUGAUCAUCAUGUCUGCAACAUUACGAGUUUCUGAUUUUUCUGAAAAUCAUAUAUUAUUUAAAACACCACCACCAAUUAUAAAUGUCCAAGCUAGACAAUAUCCCGUAUCUAUCCAUUUCAACAAACGUACAAAUCAUGAUUAUUUAGAAGAAGCAUUUAAUAAAGCAUGUAAAGUUCAUAAAAAAUUACCAGAUGGUGGGAUAUUAGUAUUUUUAACUGGUCAAACUGAAAUCAACACAUUGGUUAAGAGAUUAAGAGAUGAAUUUCCAUUUAAAAAACUGAAGAAACAAGAAAUAAUAUAUGAUAAAGAUACAGAAGUUAAAUUAUCUGAAAAUGUUCAACAUGAAGUCGAAGAUGUUGAAUUUAUUAUCGAAAAUGAUGAAACCAAUUAUGAUGAUUAUGAUAAUGUUUCGGAUUCAGAAGAGGAAGGAUUUGAAGAAGCAGAAAAUAAAAAAGAAGAUAAAAUAGGUCCAUUAUAUGUCCUUCCUUUAUAUUCAUUAUUACCUACAAAUCAACAAAUGAAAGUAUUUGAAAAACCACCAAAUAAUUCAAGAUUAUGUAUCAUUUCAACAAAUGUUGCUGAAACAUCAUUAACUAUACCUGGAAUCAGAUACGUUAUAGAUUGUGGAAGAUCAAAAGAGAGAAAAUUUAAUUCAGAUAAUGGUGUUCAAUCAUUUGAAAUUGAUUGGAUUUCAAAAGCUUCAGCUGAUCAAAGAAGUGGAAGAGCAGGUAGAACUGGACCAGGUCAUUGUUAUAGAUUAUACUCAUCAGCUGUAUUUGAAGAAUUUUUCCCUAAAUUUAGUGUUCCUGAAAUUUUAAGAAUGCCAUUUGAAUCAAUUGUAUUAAAUAUGAAAAGUAUGGGGAUUGAUCAUAUUACAAAUUUCCCAUUCCCAACACCACCAGAUCGGGAAAGUCUUAAUAAAGCAGAAAAAUUGUUAGUUAUACUUGGAGCUUUAGAUGAGAAUAAAACAAUAACGGAAUUGGGUAAAAAGAUGUCAUUAUUUCCAUUAAGUCCUCGUUUUGCAAAGAUCUUAAUCAUUGGAAAUCAACAAAAUUGUCUUAAUUAUAUCAUUGCUAUUGUUUCCGCAUUAUCUGUUGGUGAUCCAUUCAUAUCUGAAAAUGAAAUAAUGAUGAAAAUGGGUGAAUCAACCGAAGAGGCUAAAAAACAAUUCAAAUCAAAAUUUUUUCAAUCUCGUGCUUUGUUUUCUAGAUUGGAUCCUUCGAGUGAUGUCAUGAUGUUGUUAUCUGUUGUAUGUGCGUUUGACCAUGUUGCAAAGGAUAAAAUUGAUCAAUUUAUAACUGAUAAUUAUUUAAGAUUUAAAAUGAUGGAAGAAAUUCAAAAAUUAAGAAAACAAGUAACGAUACUAGUUGAAAAUAGUAUAUUGAGUUCGAAAGGGCUACAAGUCAAUUCAGAGUCUAAACUACCACCACCUAAUAAAAAACAAAUAUCAGCAAUGAAACAAAUGAUCGCUUCUGGAUUCAUUGAUCAGAUCGCCAUACGAGGAGAUUUGAUAAAUUCAGAUGUGAAAAUAAUGAAUAAGAUGUCAAUUAAUCAAAUUCCAUAUUGUCCUGUAUUGCCAAUAUCUGAUCCAUUUAUAUACAUACAUUCAAAUUCAAUAAUUAAUAAAAGUGGAGAAAUACCACCAAAUUAUUUAGUCUACCAAUCAUUAAACAAGAAGGGAAAUACUGAUCAAGAUGAAGUAGUAAAGGUUAGAAUGAGACCAUUGGUUGAUAUUUCAGGGAAACAACUUACUAAUAUUUCUAAAAAUUCACCAUUAUUGACUUAUUCUAAACCAUUAGGUCAUCCAUUUGCUCCAAGGAAUAUAACUCCAACUAAAAGAGAAUGUUAUGUUGUUCCGAGAUUUGGUGCAAGUAUUGGUAGUGGUGGUGUUGGUUGGGAUUUGCCUGCUAUUAAAGUGAUACAAGAAAAGAAACAAGGGAAUUGGGUUAAUUUGUAA